CCAGGCAUAGUCCAGUUCCUAUAGAACACGUAGAAUACAAGAACCACGAUUCUUUUAAAAAACAGAGCCGCCUUGAUCCUAGCUCUGCUAUUCUCAUGCGAAAAGCAAAGCGGGAGAAAAUGGAGACCAUGCUAAGGAAUGAUUCCCUUAGCUCUGACCAGUCGGAAUCAGUGCGGCCAUCCCCUCCAAAGCCUCAUAGAGCAAAAAGAGGCGGAAAGAAAAGGCAGAUGUCAGUUAGUAGCUCAGAGGAAGAAGGGGCAUCAACACCAGAAUAUACUAGCUGUGAAGAUGUGGAGAUAGAAAGUGAAAGUGUCAGUGAAAAAGGUGACUUGGAUUAUUACUGGCUGGAUCCUGCCACGUGGCACAGCCGGGAGACAUCCCCCAUUAGUUCGCAUCCCGUAACGUGGCAGCCUUCUAAAGAGGGAGAUCGCUUAAUUGGGCGUGUUAUUCUCAACAAGAGAACAACCAUGCCAAAAGAAUCAGGUGCAUUACUGGGGCUAAAAGUUGUUGGAGGAAAAAUGACAGAAUUAGGACGACUCGGUGCCUUCAUUACCAAAGUGAAGAAAGGUAGCUUGGCUGAUGUGGUGGGGCAUCUCAGAGCAGGGGAUGAAGUUCUAGAAUGGAAUGGUAAACCCUUGCCUGGAGCUACAAAUGAAGAAGUUUACAACAUUAUUUUAGAAUCCAAAUCAGAACCUCAAGUUGAAAUUAUUGUUUCAAGGCCUAUUGGUGAUAUUCCACGGAUUCCCGAGACUUCUCACCCCCCGUUAGAGUCUAGUUCAAGUUCUUUUGAAUCUCAGAAGAUGGAAAGGCCUUCUAUUUCUGUUAUAUCUCCGACCAGCCCUGGAACCCUACGGGAUGCACCACAAGUCCUACCAGGGCAGCUUUCUGUUAAACUGUGGUACGACAAAGUGGGACAUCAGUUAAUAGUGAAUGUUCUGCAAGCAACAGAUUUGCCACCAAGAGUAGAUGGACGCCCUAGGAAUCCCUAUGUGAAAAUGUAUUUUCUUCCAGACAGAAGUGAUAAAAGUAAAAGGAGGACCAAAACAGUAAAGAAAAGUCUAGAACCAAAAUGGAACCAAACUUUUCUCUACUCACAUGUACACCGUAGAGAUUUUAGAGAACGAAUGCUUGAAAUAACCGUAUGGGAUCAGCCAAGAGUACAAGAAGAAGAGAGUGAAUUUCUUGGAGAGAUUCUUAUAGAGCUGGAAACAGCCCUUUUAGAUGAUGAACCACAUUGGUAUAAGCUGCAGACACAUGAUGAAUCUUCACUACCUCUGCCUCAGCCAUCACCUUUCAUGCCAAGAAGACAUGUUCAUGGUGGAGAAAGCACUAGCAAAAAAUUACAAAGAUCUCGGCCAAUCAGUGAUAGUGACAUCUCAGAUUAUGAUGUUGAUGAUGGUAUUGGAGUUGUUCCUCCAGUUGGUUAUAGAUCUAGUACUAGAGAAAGCAAAUCUACAACACUAACUGUGCCAGAACAACAAAGAACAACACAUCAUCGUUCACGAUCUGUAUCUCCUCACCGUGGCGACGAUCAGGGCAGGACCCGUUCACGUUUACCAAAUGUGCCAUUACAGAGGAGUUUAGAUGAAAUUCAUCAAAUGCGAAGAUCACGUUCUCCAACUAGACACCAUGAUGCCUCCAGAGCUCCAGCUGAUUACAGAUCCAGAGACAUGGAUAGUCAGUAUUUGUCUGAUCAAGAAAGUGAGCUUCUUAUGCUGCCCAGAGCAAAACGAGGAAGAAGUGCAGAGUGCCUACAUACCAUCAGUGAACUACAGCCCUCCCUUGACAGGGCUAGGAGUGCUAGUACCAACUGCUUGAGACCAGAUACUAGUUUGCAUUCACCAGAACGAGAAAGGGGUAGAUGGUCCCCCUCCCUAGAGAGGAGACGACCUACUAGUCCCAGGAUUCAUAUCCAGCAUGCAUCUCCGGAGGAUGACAGGCAGUCCAGAAAAGUGGAAAGAUAUAGCAGCCAAAAACAAACUAGGAAAGGCUCCGCAACUGAAACAGAAAGAAUACAUCAACAAGGAAGUUCCACACAGUCUCCUCCUGCAGACACAUCCUUCAGCAGUCGCAGGGGAAGGCAGCUACCACAAGUUCCUGUAAGAAGUGGCAGUAUAGAGCAAGCAAGCUUAGUAGUGGAGGAGCGAACAAGACAGAUGAAAAUGAAAGUGCACCGUUAUAAUCAGACAUCAGGGUCUGGUUCUAGUCAAGAAUAUGAGCGUGAGCAAUAUACCAAGUAUAACAUACAAACAGAUCAGUACAGAAGUUGUGAUAACGUCUCUGCCAAAUCAUCAGAUAGUGAUGUCAGUGAUGUGUCAGCCAUUUCCCGAACCAGCAGUGCCUCACGCCUCAGCAGCACAAGUUUCAUGUCGGAGCAAUCUGAACGCCCUCGUGGCAGAAUCGGUACAUUUACUCCUAAAAUGCAAGGCAGACGGAUGGGGACUUCAGGGAGAAUCACUAAGAGCACAAGUGUGAGUGGAGAGAUGUAUAAGCUGGAGCACAAUGACGGGAGUCAGUCAGACACGGCUGUCGGCAUGGUUGGAACAGGUGGGAAGAAAAGGCGUUCCAGCUUUAGUGCCAAAGUGGUUGCCAUAGUGUCUCGAAGGAGCAGAAGCACAUCUCAGCUUAGCCAAACAGAGGGUGGCAGCAAGAAGCUAAAGAGCACGAUACAGAGAAGCACAGAGACGGGAAUGGCAGCAGAGAUGAGAAGUCGCAUGGUUCGACAGCCAAGUCGGGAAUCCACUGAUGGCAGCAUAAACAGUUAUAGCUCAGAGGGCAAUUUAAUAUUCCCUGGAGUACGACUGGGUGCUGACAGUCAGUUUAGUGAUUUCCUCGAUGGACUUGGACCUGCGCAGUUAGUAGGCCGACAAACACUAGCAACUCCUGCCAUGGGUGACAUCCAGAUUGGAAUGGUGGACAAAAAAGGCCAGUUAGAAGUAGAAGUCAUUAGAGCCCGUGGCCUCACACAAAAACCUGGCUCCAAAUCUACCCCAGCUCCGUAUGUCAAAGUGUAUUUAUUGGAAAAUGGAGCAUGUAUAGCUAAGAAGAAGACAAGAAUUGCACGGAAGACCCUUGAUCCUUUGUACCAACAGACACUGGUUUUUGAUGAAAGUCCACAGGGUAAAGUCCUUCAGGUAAUAGUUUGGGGAGACUAUGGCCGAAUGGACCACAAAUGCUUCAUGGGAGUUGCCCAGAUCCUUCUGGAGGAACUGGAUCUGUCCAGUGUGGUAAUCGGCUGGUAUAAAUUAUUUCCACCUUCAUCACUAGUGGAUCCAACCUUGACUCCCCUGACACGCAGGGCUUCUCAGUCAUCUCUGGAAAGCUCAACCGGGCCUCCCUGUAUUAGAUCAUAGUAGCAGGUGCUGUCUGAUAAAAACAUCAUC